CUCAUAUUUACUCCAUGCGCACUCCCCGUUGAAUAAAAGUCAAUAUUGGUCGCCUCAAAGUAUUCAUUCAGAUUACAGAUGAAAAAUAACCUACAUGUUUAGUAACAAAUAACCUAAAUUCUGAAAAUUUUCGAGAUGGAUGCUAUUUUUCAUGAAAGACAAGAGGGGCUGCUGUGUGCUCAGCACUGUCUGAACAACCUGCUGCAGGGACCAUACUUCUCAGCUGUGGAUCUCGCCACCAUAGCCAGAGAACUGGACGAGAAGGAGAGGGAACAGAUGGCUGAGGCAGGCGUACACACAGAGGGAUAUGUGAAGUUUAUGGCGCAACCCUCUAAUAACUUUGAUGACAGUGGCUACUUCAGUAUACAGGUGAUUGCGCAGGCUCUACAGGUCAUGGGCCUGGAGCUGCUGCCGUACAACUCCUCUGCAGAAAUGUCCAAACUGGCCAAACGGGAUCCGACGCAGAUGCGAUCCUAUAUAUGCAACUUUAACGAGCACUGGCUGACAGUACGAAAGAUAGGCAAUCAGUGGUUCAACCUGAACUCGCUACUGACUGGUCCUGAACUUAUCUCAGACACUUUCCUGGGAAUGUUCCUUGUUCAGUUGCAACAAGAUGGCUACUCUAUAUUCAUCAUCAAUGGUGACCUAUCAGAGUGCGAGGCUGACCCUUUACUCCGCCUCUGCCCAGCGGUACAGCCAAUCAAACCACAGCUGAUCACUGAGCGAGGGAGGAGAAGGGGUGUCCAGGAGACUGCUGGUGAAGACGACGAGGGUGUUGCCAAGGCGAUUGCUGCCAGUAAGAGGUUGAACGAGACUGACGAUGUCUCACUGCAGAGGGCUCUUCAGUUGAGUAUGGAAGGAUAUAUAGAAGAGAGUAUAACGCGGAUGGAAACAGGAUUCUGUGAUACAGAAUUUAUAAACAAUGAGUUCUCACCUCAAAGUCUUCCUUCUACGAGCACAAUUUCUAAGCCCCAUUCUGGUGUAAAAUCAAGAAAGACUGAAGAGGGCGCCACUGUUACUUCUGCUGCAAAUGAAAGUGAUGUCAAAUCCACCACUGUUGACCAAUCAGGACAGACUUUGGGAGGGGCAAGAGUGCCGUCUGCUGAAACAGGAAGUGGUCCAGAACCGGUUUUAGAUGAAGUGAGACAGAAAAGACUUGCUUAUUUAAGUAGAUUAGAGAAAUCCAAUUCCUAUAAUGACAAUGGAGACGUUGCAAAAUCAAACAGUGUUUCUUCAGAAGUCUCAAAUGGUGCCAGUUCUGAGAAAGCAGUUGAUAAUACUCCUGUAUCAGAGAUGAGUCAGAUGACAGAAGAAGAGAUGUUACAGCAAGCUAUAGCCAUGUCAAUGUCCCAACAAUCCUGAGAUCUACAAUGUCAUUCAAGAGUUCAACACUGGACAUGUGCAAUUUAAUGGUUGGAUGUGUCACUUUCUACAAUUCAGUGUUGUUUUUCUGAAGAUUUCCGUUGAGGACAAUCAUUCGAUGUGCUGAACUGUGAACUGCAGAAGGCUUUUGAAACUUGAGCAAGGAUUCCAGAACCGAUACCUUAUGUUGACAUAUUUUUUACAAACUCUGAAAGAGAAGAGAAAUUAUUAAUCACGCUAUGUUUACAAAAAUACAAUAUUACAGGUGUAA